CGGGGGAGGGGGCGGGGGGGCCGCGCCGCGCGAGCCGUUGGGUCUGGCUCGGAGAAGGCGUUGCUGCUGCCGCAGCCGCCACCGCCGGCAGGAAACACAGGCGCGGGACCCAGCGCAGCGCGGCGAUGGGCGGGAGUAGAGCCCCGCCGGAGAGGCUGGGCGGCUGCCGGUGACAGAUUGUGCUCUGUUCCUGCAUGUCCUGCUGCCCUGAACUGUCCUGAGCUCGGUGACAGCGUGUCACGCUGCCACCAUGAACGAGGUGUCUGUCAUCAAAGAAGGCUGGCUCCACAAGCGUGGUGAAUACAUCAAGACGUGGAGGCCCCGGUACUUCCUGCUGAAGAGUGAUGGCUCCUUCAUUGGCUAUAAGGAGCGGCCUGAGGCCCCUGACCAGACCCUGCCCCCUUUAAACAACUUCUCCGUUGCGGAAUGCCAGCUGAUGAAGACUGAGAGACCGCGGCCCAACACGUUUGUCAUACGCUGCUUGCAGUGGACCACAGUCAUCGAGAGGACCUUCCAUGUAGACUCUCCAGAUGAGAGGGAAGAGUGGAUGCGGGCCAUCCAGAUGGUCGCCAACAGCCUCAAGCAGCGGGGCCCAGGCGAGGACCCCAUGGAAUACAAGUGUGGCUCCCCUAGCGACUCUUCUGCAGCCGAGGAGAUGGAAGUGGCAGUUAGCAAGGCCCGGGCCAAGGUGACCAUGAAUGACUUCGACUAUCUCAAGCUCCUUGGCAAGGGCACCUUCGGCAAAGUCAUCCUGGUGCGAGAGAAGGCCACCGGCCGCUACUACGCCAUGAAGAUCCUGCGGAAGGAGGUCAUCAUUGCCAAGGAUGAAGUUGCCCACACAGUCACCGAGAGCCGAGUCCUCCAGAACACCAGGCACCCGUUCCUCACUGCGCUGAAGUACGCCUUCCAGACCCACGACCGCCUGUGCUUCGUGAUGGAGUACGCCAACGGUGGGGAGCUGUUCUUCCACCUGUCCCGGGAGCGCGUCUUCACGGAGGAGCGGGCCCGCUUCUAUGGCGCAGAGAUCGUCUCGGCCCUGGAGUACCUGCACUCUCGGGAUGUGGUGUACCGCGACAUCAAGCUGGAAAACCUCAUGCUGGACAAAGAUGGCCACAUCAAGAUCACUGACUUCGGCCUGUGCAAAGAGGGCAUCAGUGAUGGGGCCACCAUGAAAACCUUCUGCGGGACCCCCGAAUAUCUGGCACCCGAGGUCCUGGAGGACAACGACUACGGCCGGGCCGUGGACUGGUGGGGGCUGGGCGUGGUCAUGUAUGAGAUGAUGUGCGGCCGCCUGCCCUUCUACAACCAGGACCACGAGCGCCUCUUCGAGCUCAUCCUCAUGGAGGAGAUCCGCUUCCCGCGCACGCUCAGCCCCGAGGCCAAGUCCCUGCUGGCGGGGCUGCUUAAGAAGGACCCCAAGCAGAGGCUCGGCGGGGGGCCCAGCGAUGCCAAGGAGGUCAUGGAGCACAGGUUCUUCCUCAGCAUCAACUGGCAGGAUGUGGUACAGAAGAAGCUCCCACCACCCUUCAAACCUCAGGUCACAUCUGAGGUCGACACCAGGUACUUCGAUGAUGAGUUCACUGCCCAGUCCAUCACAAUCACACCCCCGGACCGCUAUGACAGCCUGGGCUCUCUUGACAUGGACCAGCGGACUCACUUCCCCCAGUUCUCCUACUCGGCCAGCAUCCGCGAGUGAGCAGCCGCCGCCUGCCUGCCGCCACCACGGACAUGCAUGGCUGCCGUCGCUGCCAGGGGCUUUGUCUUCUGUUUUUUUGGUCUUUUUUGUUUGCAUCUCCAUCCCUCACCCCUUGCCCCCGUUUCUAGUUCUCAGCCCUCUGCCAAACUCCUCUCAGUGGACCCAGUGGCCCUGCCUCCAGGACCCUGUCUGCCCUCACUCUGCGCCCAGAUCAGGACUGGGGAGACUUCGCCGCUGCCCCAGCACCUGGCCUUCGGGCAGUUGGGGAGAUUUUGGUUUUUGAUC